CCUCCUCGCCUCGGAUGCUCGGAACCCCCCUCGCGGCCUCGCCUUCGUCGCCGGCACCAACUCCGCCAUGAGCCCAUGAGUGAUUGCAGGCGGCGGCGGCGAGGCGAUUUCCGCUUGCUAGACUCUUGCAGCGCGCAUCACUGCCGUCAUAUUCCCUGGAUGCCAAGUUCCUUCGCCCAACUCCGGAGCGUCGUAUUUUGUACGGAGUAGGAGUACUGUUCAAACCUGUGGACCAGUGGUAGGUUGUUUGUGCGAUUGUAUCUUGAGUUCUUGACGGUGAAAGGGAUUGAAGGAAGGAGAAGACAGAACGUGCACAAAUGGAGUCCGUGGAAGAGAAAGGAGCGACGACGGGCGACCAGUGGAAUAAUGGCUGCCGUCAGCUGUAUGGUGCACAAUGGCACACGUAUCAGCUAUCGAGAAUGAAAGAUGAUUGUCAUUUUGGCUGCACAAGCUCAGCUGGUUCAUUGUAGGAUGUAGAUUUCCUAUGGUAGUCCAAGUCAACCAGUCAGCCCCUAGCCAAAGAACUCUAUCGUGUGGUUAUCUGCUAUAGUCAAAAAGGAGUCACAGUCCAGCAUUGACUACAUCCAUCUAUCAUGCUUGACUGGCAAUUGGAAAAUUGGUUUCAUGGAAACUUCAAAGCCGGCAACUCUGGAUGUUCAUAAUUGCCGGGUAUAUCUGCUGGAGUGAAUUUAAUAUCACCUUGCAGAGAUUACAGAAAAUAUGCUGCUUACCCAUGCUCUCCCCUUGAUUCAUUAUUUCAAGAAACUCAGUGGGUUUAUUCUUGAAGAACAAGCCAUGUUUGUAGAAAUAAGCUACUUGAAGCAGUCCACAGUUGUUGUUCUGCUGAUUCUAUCUGUAUCAGCAAUAGGAUGUUUAUCAGCAACCAGACCAAUAUUAGGCAGAAUAUCUCUGAAUGAAUCAAUUUCUGAUGGGCAGACACUGGUUUCUGGCAACUUUGUGCUUGGUUUCUUUAGCCCUGGAACUUCAAGCCAUCGAUAUAUUGGUAUAUGGUACAACAGUGAUCCAAAUGGAACGGCUGUAUGGGUUGCUAAUAGGAACAAUCCAGUACAAGAUACGUCAGGCAUACUUAAGUUUGAUAAUGGUGGUAAUCUGAUUGUUUCAGAUGGCAGAGGUAGGUCCUUCAUAGUGGCUUCUGGGAUGGGAGUAGGAAAUGUGGAGGCUGCCAUACUGGAUUCUGGCAACUUUGUGCUAAGGAGCAUCGCCAACCAUUCGAAUAUCAUAUGGGAGAGCUUUGCCUCUCCUACUAAUACAUGGCUCCCUGGAAUGAAUAUUACAGUUGGAAAGUUGCUGACUUCAUGGAAGAGCUAUGAUGACCCAGCAAUGGGGGAUUACUCAUUUGGACUGGGCGUAGUUAAUGCAUCAGCAUUCAUUAUCUGGUGGAAUGGGCGUGAAUUUUGGAACAGUGCACACUGGAAUGGUGACAUUAAUUCUCCAAUUCCAGAACUAACAUCUAUAGAUAUCAUCCCUGUCUCAUUUCGUUGUGAUAACCUUACAUGCACAUACACUCCCAACCCUAGUGACAGAUUGACUAAGAUUGUUUUGGAUCAAACAGGUUCACUGAGCAUAACACAGUUUGAUUCAGAAGCCAAAUCAUGGGUGUUAUUAUGGAGACAGCCAGUCAGUUGUGACGAGUCUAAAUUAUGUGGAGUUUUUGGUGUAUGCAACAUGGCCAAUAUACAUAUACUACCAGUAUCAUUAGAUUCAGAUCAAUCCCCUUGUCAAUGUCCAAAAGGCUUUGCAAAACAAGACAAAUCAAAUACCAGAAAAGGGUGCACUAGGCAAACCCCACUGCAGUGUACUGGUGAUAAGUUUAUUGAUAUGCCUGGUAUGCGACUUCCUGACCCAAGACAGAAGGUGGCUGUCGUGGAAGAUAGUGGAUGUCAAUCUGCCUGCAUGAAAUAUUGCUCUUGUACAGCAUAUGCUCAUUCGCUAUCGGAUGGUUGCAGCUUGUUUCAUGGCAAUCUAACAAACUUGCAGGAUGGAUAUAAUGGGACCGGAGUGGGAACUCUUCACCUUCGUGUAGCUGCAUCAGAGUUAGAAUCUGGCAGUAGCUCAGGUCACAAAUUACUUUGGCUGGCGUCUGUACUUCCUUCAGUUGCAUUCCUUAUCUUUUGUCUCGUCUCUUUUAUUUGGAUUAGGAAAUGGAAAAUUAAAGGGAAAGAAAAACGGCAUGAUCACCCCAUCGUCAUGACUUCAGAUGUAAUGAAACUUUGGGAAAGUGAAGACACAGGCUCUCACUUUAUGAUGCUUUCCUUUUCACAAAUAGAAAAUGCCACAGAUAACUUCUCAACUGCAAACAAGCUUGGAGAAGGGGGGUUUGGUCCUGUAUACAAGGGAAGCUUACCAAAUGGGCAGGAUGUCGCUGUUAAGAGACUAGCAGCGAAUUCAGGACAAGGGCUACCUGAGUUUAAGAACGAGAUCUUAUUAAUAGCCAAGCUUCAACAUAGAAAUUUAGUUGGACUCUUAGGCUGCUGCAUUGAUGAGGACGAACUGGUACUACUCUAUGAGUACAUGCCAAACAAGAGCUUGGAUUUCUUCCUAUUUGAACAAUCAAGAAGGGCUUUUUUAGUCUGGGCAAUGCGUCUUAACAUAAUUGAAGGGAUUGCACAAGGUCUUAUUUAUCUCCACAAGCAUUCUCGUCUGAGAAUUAUUCAUAGGGACCUGAAACCAAGCAACAUUCUGUUGGACACUGAUAUGAACCCUAAGAUCUCAGACUUCGGAAUGGCAAGAAUAUUUGAUCCGAAAGGAACGCUAGCUAACACAAAAAGAGUCGUUGGAACAUAUGGCUACAUGGCUCCUGAGUAUGCUAUGGCAGGUAUUUUCUCUGUCAAAUCCGAUGUAUUUAGCUACGGGGUAUUGCUUCUGGAGAUCAUCAGUGGGCUAAGAAAUGCGGGAUCUCACAGACAUGGCAACUCUCUAAACCUUCUUGGUCAUGCAUGGGAACUGUGGAGAGAAGGCAGAUGGUAUGAACUCGUUGAUAAAACAUUGCCUGGUGCAUGCCCUGAGAACAUGAUACUAAGAUGCAUUCAUGUCGGCAUGUUGUGCGUUCAGGAGAAUGCUGCUGAUCGACCCUCCAUGACUGAAGUCAUUUCUAUGAUUACCAACGAAAAUGCCAACUUACCGGACCCAAAACAACCUGGUUUCUUCUCCAUGUUGCUUCCCACUGAAGUUGAUAUCCGUGAAGGAACCUGCUCCCUGAAUGAUUUGUCAAUUACGGGCCUGGACGGUAGGUAGUGCUAUCUCCAUUCGAUAAUGGUAGGGGUAUGAUGUUAUCCCCACAAGGUACUGCUGAUCCCUGUAUCACAUGAACCUAAAUUGAUCAGAACUUUUGGAGCCAUCCCAGAAACUUCUGAAGUGUUUGGUCCAAUUAAUUGCCAAUGUUGUCAGACAGAAUGUCAGGAGAAGCUGUGAUUGUGCAUUCUAACACCUUCAGUUCUAGGUUUCCUAAAGUGCUCUAUAAUCUCGACUGGGAAACCACCGAUUGUUGGUUCCUA